AUGGAGAGCCGCCAGCGCGCAGCCGAGAAGGCGCUGCACGACCAGACGGACCUCCUACCGCUGGGCAAGCUCCUAGUAGUCUUCGCAUCGCUAUCACUAACCCUCCUAAUCCAAUUCAUCGACCAAAACGGCAUCGGCGUAGCCCUCCCAACCAUCGCCGCGGACCUGAACGCCGCAAGCACGAUCUCGUGGGCGGGGACCUCGUCCCUAAUCGCCAACACGACCUUCCAGAUGCUAUACGGGCGCCUAUCGGACAUCUUCGGGCGCAAGCGCGUGUACCUGGGCGCGAUAGCACUACUAUCCCUCGCGGCGCUGCUGUGCGGGCUCGCGCGGAACAGCGCCAUGUUCUUUGUUUUCAGAGGCGUGGCCGGGAUCGGCGGCGGCGGCAUCACGAAUUUGUCUAUGAUCAUCGUGUCCGACGUCGUGACGCUGGAGCAGCGGGGGAAGUACCAGGGCAUCCUCGGCGCGUGCGUCGGGCUCGGCAACGUGGCCGGCCCGUUCCUGGCCGCGGCGUUUAUUGAGCGCUACACGUGGCGCGCUUUCUUUUACUUGAUUGCGCCGCUGGCGGCGGCCGUGGGGUGCUUGUCGUUCGUGCUGCUGCCGUCGAAGCCGGCGACGGUGGGGUGGAGGGAGAGCGUGCGCAAGAUCGAUUAUGGUGGCGUGCUUUUGUCGUCUGUUGCUGUCAUCUUCCUGCUGAUCCCUAUCAGUGGCGGCGGGGCGUACUUCCCCUGGACGUCGCCUAUGGUCAUCAGUAUGCUCGUGAUAGGGGCCGUGUCCCUGGUGCUGUUCGUGCUGAUGGAGUGGAAGAUCGCGAAGUUGCCGAUGAUGCCCGUGCAGAUAUUCAAUACCCCCGUGGUCACCGUGCUCCUGAUCCAGAGCUUCCUGUUCGGCGCCGUGUAUCAGUCAUACCUCUACUAUCUGCCCCUGUACCUGCAGAACGCGCGGCAGUUCUCCGUCAUACAGAGCGCGGGGGUCAUCGCGUCGAUGGUUUCCGUCCAGGCGAUAUUCUCCAUCCUGUCGGGCCAGUACAUCUCCCGUCUCAAACGAUGGAGCGAGGUAAUCUGGGCUGGGUUCGGUUCCUGGACACUCGGCUCCGGCCUCAUGCUCCUGUACAAACGCGACUCCCACCCGGGCCUGAUCGUCGGGCCCCUGAUCCUCGUCGGCAUCGGCGUGGGCUUCAUCUUCCAGCCCACGCUCGUGGCGCUGCAGUCGCACAGCCCGAAGUCCCGGCGCGCCGUCAUCAUCUCGAACCGGAACUUCUUCCGCUGCGCCGGCGGCGCCUGCGGGCUGGCAAUCUCGGCCGCAGUCCUGCAGGCUUCGCUCCGCGCCCACCUGCCACCGGACUACCGCUACCUCGCUGACGACACGUACGCGCUUCCCAAGGGCUUGCAGGGCCCGGAUGCUGAGGGCGUGCUGGACGCCUAUAUGGCGGCCAGCCGCGCCGUGUUCGUCCUGCAGGUCCCGCUGAUCGGGGUUUGCUUCCUUGGGUGUUUGUUCGUUAAGGACCGUGGGCUUGAGCCCAUAGAGGAGAAAGAGAAGAAGGCUAAUGAAGCGUUGGCGGAGGGCAGUAGUCGGGGAGAGGCGAAUGAGAAGUCGGGUGUAGUGGUCGACGGCGAUGAUAAUACAUUAAGAAAUAUUAACGGUGACGGUAUUGCAGACAGCGUACCUGUAUUGGGCAGUAAGCAUAGAUAG